GAUCUUCGGCUGCCGGGACACGGGUGUAGUUGGAAAAAACUCACCAGCGGGGCACAAUUUUUCGCCCGAGGCAGAAUAUUACAAGCGAACUCUCCGUCAUCGGGCUCCGGUAUAAAAGCAUGCGGGAGCUGCUUUUGAUCUCUCUUCGAGGAGCUUCAGGCUAUGCGUGCUCCGAGCCCCCUGUAACAAUCCUAUUUUCACCGGCGCAGUUGCUUGGGCAAAAAGGAACCUUGCAGAAGGUAUCGCUCCUACAGUUGUCAGUUGUGAGGGUCGUCCACCCGCAUAGCCCGGUCUCAUUCGCUUGUAACACUAAUUAGGUCCCAUUCGGCGUGUAGUAAACUACGGAGAGUUAUCUCCUCGACCACGUGCUCCGACCGUCUUGUUCCGUGUCCUUCGGGACAACUGCGCUGUUUGUUCUCUGGCGAAACAGACUCUGGGUGGUGUUUUCUUCUCAUUUGUUCCGUUCGAGGCGCAAGGGUAUACGAGCUUCCUGCAUCCGCCGACGCGGCUUGUAGGUUGCCAGGUAAAUCCGAUAAUUCUGUUGCGAGGCCUCGCCUGUGACUGCUGCUGCUAGCUGUUGUAUUCGAGCGAGAGUGCUCUUCCUUCCUGUGCGGAGGUGAUCAAUCCGACUCCAAGAGCGGAGCAGUAACACAGCAGCGGCAGCAUGGCAGAUAGUCCUUCGCCCAGGGGCAGUGUCAUUCCGUGUCGUGUGUUCGUCGGUGGCAUUGCCUACAAUACCACGGAACUCGAGCUAAAGAACUUCUUUCAGAGCAUGUUCGGCCACGUAAAGGACAGCAAAAUAAUUACGGACCGAGAUGGUGUAUCGAAGGGCUACGGUUUCAUUACGUUUGAUAACCAGGAGGCGGCCGACCGGGCGCUCGAGACCAAGACCCUCUACUUCGAGGAAAAGAAGCUCAACAUCGGGCAGGCUAUUCGCAAGCCUAACAGCGGUCAGUUUUCGCGUCCGUCAAGUCCCGAGUCACCUCUAAGUCCCAUCCCGGUCGCUCAGCAAACAUUGUCGUCAUUGUCGUCGCCAAUGACUGCUGUGGCUGCUGCUGCACCUGGAUUUGUCUCCGGCAACGCCAGCGGAAGCGGCUCAGUAGCCUAUGCUAGUCCCCAGCAGCUGACCGGCGCUGCAGCUGAGACUGCGGCCACAGCCCAGUAUUACUAUGCCCCACAGUCGGCAGCGGCAGGUAUCGCAAUGGAUCCCAACGUACUGCAGCCAAUGGCCAUCGGGCAGCAGGGUCUUUAUGCGGCCACGGCUGCAGCGUCGCAAGCCCAGCAAGCCAUCAACAUGGCCUGCGUGAACGGAUGGUACCAGGCCGAUGCACGCUACAUCAUGCAGCCGCAGAAGCCAGCCCAGGCUGCUGCUGCUGCUACGGCGGCCACAGCUGCGGCCCAGCCCGUACAGUGGCAUCACGCCGGAGCAACACACGCCAUGGCUGCAGCUCCCGCCCAGUGGGGACGUGCAGCGCCGGCUGCCUACAUGUCAGCUCCGGCUCAGGCAGUGUACGCUCCCACACAGGCCGCAGCUACCGCCGCAAGCGCACACGCUUAUCCGAUAUACUACCAACAAGCCGAGCCGCAAUGGUGGGAUCCAAACACUGGCACCGCUAUGACACAGCAGUACAUGCCAACUGAUGUGUUCUUGGACUACCAGCAUCCGCACUCUGCAGCCGUACCUAUGCACUCACAACAACAGCAGCAGCAGCAGCAUCAACAACCACAGCAGGCGCCGCAGAUGGCGCCACAGCAGAUCACGUAUCAGAAGGCUGCUCAGCCCUAUAUCCAACAUGGAGGAGGCCAAGCAGCAGCAGCCUACGCUACACCAUCGCAAACACCCGUGGCCACUGCUGCCGCUCCAGCUUACUCUAUCCAGGCGUACUCCGGUGAAGAGCACGAGAGUCAUCCAUACCGCACUCCUCAAGCUGGACACCGCGGUGCACAGAAUGGUCACCUGCUACCGAGACCCUCUGCUCGGAAUGGCAACAGUCGCAGAGAUCCGGGGAGACGCGGACGACGCAGCUCUUCGUUUAGAGCAAUGCGCCCGUCCACGUCCUCGUCACUGUCCAGCUCCCUCGGUGAUUCCGCUUUCAUCAGCGGCAGCGGAGGGUCUUAUGAUCACGCAAGCCUCGGCUGUGACAGCAGUUUGCCUUCUUUGGGACAAGUAGUGAUAGGAAGUGCAGCCAUCGAGACGCCCUCGCCCUCUGCCAAAGCUGCUUCUACAGGCUCCAGCUCCAAGGACUCGGCAUAGGCUGCCGUGGGCAGAACGCGGGUAAGGCAUGGCAUCAUUAUCGGUUCAUAGUGUUUCGCUGCUGUUUUCAUUUUUUUUGGUACAGGGAGUAUGAUGAGAGUAUGAUGUAAUGUUCCAACUUUGUUACAUCAUCCAAGGCGCGUGCUAUCGCGUACACAUUGCUAGCUUCCUGGCGCUGGGGCAUGGUGUAGUGAGCAGUCUUUGCAUUACAUCAUUGCUGCCAGUGUAUGACGUAAUGAGCAGUCUUUGCAUUAUGUCAUGGCUGCCAGUGUAUGACGUGAUGAGCAGUCUUUGCAUUAUGUCAUAGUUGGCACCGUCAUUGAGUGCAGUGUCGCAACUAUCUAGUUCCAACCACCUUAUGAGAUGUCAGGCUUCUCCCUAUCGACAGUUAUGCCGCGGACAACAAGGGUAUAGGCAAUGCUAGUCCUCUAACCCGACCAAACCUUUACAAUAAUAGCACGGAAUUGUGCAGGAAAACUCCCAUCCCACUCUUCUUUAUUCACUCCUCUCUCUCUCUAUCUCUUUUUCUCUUUCUCUCUCUUUUGGCCUUUCGUCUGUCCAUUUCUAUCCCCUGAUCACGAAAUACUACAGCAUUAGGAAAACACUUCUAUAACGCACAUAAUACCCAGCACACACACACACACACACACACAACCUCUCUAACGGUAGCUAUAGACGUUCACACAAUAUUACCAGCAUGCCUCCUGCAUUCCAUGGCUUUGACCGGGCCUCCCAAUCGCCUAAAUCUUCCUUUUAUUCCGAUUCUUCUUCCUUUUUUUCCCCAUGAUCACGACGAGAUAUUUUAUGCCUGCGGAUACACUGUCUGGAGCAGUUCAACUUCAUACUGUUAUAAGUCCUGAGGAAGUAACCGCUUUCUUUCGGGCGCGGUGCUUUGCACACAGAAGACUUCACACUAUUUUUUAACGCUUUGAUUGCAAUCUUUGCGCAUAAACUGAUGGUGCACGCGACACAAUGACAUCCUACCAGGCUCCCGCUGACAAAGACGACGUCGGCGAAGGUUAUGUAUGACUGGCGUGUAUCUUCUCUAUCUCCCUGCCGCUGAACUCUGUUCGAAAUCUUUUCUUACUCUUUGUUCCGUCUUGUCAAUAUCUUUCCAAUUUGGCUGGUGUUUUGGACCUGAAGCUUCAUGUAUGGUCCCACAAGAAAGUCCUGUACUUCAGUGAA